AUGCCGUACGUCAGUUUCAGCGAAAUCAAGAAUGAGGCAAAGAAGCAGCAACGAGCAGUGCACCGUGCGCUGCGUCAAGGCAGAGAUGUGGAGACAGUGCGUGAACUACUCAAUGAGCAAAGCGAGAAGUACGGCAUGAGCCGCUUCCGGGAUCCCGAGCAGUACCUGUCCAGUCAUGGAGCAAAGUCUCACAGGGAGGUGCUUUGGAACCAAGUCGAAAACGAGACGAGCGAAGAAGCGGAAAGUUUGAAAGAUAUCCUUCGGGGCUUCGGCCUCUGCCCUCCCGAAGAGGACCGGGACCGACCAGCCUUAUGUUCUCACGAUAGCAUGGACUCGGCUCGGCUCUUAAAGCCUGGAGAACUCGUUGAACUCGAUCGCAUCUGCGAUCCAGCUGCACCACCAACUCAGCGGAACUGGAAGAAGGCUCUGUACUACCUGCAUGGGAAGCUGCAGCAGUGCAAGAACCACAACGAGUCGACAAAGAGACGCUUGGAGUCCAUUCUCAGGCAGGUGCAGAAUAACCGCCCCCUCCCUUACGACUGGGAAGCUCGAGCUGUGAUUCCAAUCCUUCAAAAGCUGACUCAGCUGGUGCACUCUCUCGAUCCAGAUUCAGAUGAAAAAAACCAAUGGGCCGAGCGAUGUACCCCGUUCGUCUGGAAGGCUCUCGAGUUGAUCUGCACGGCAGGGUUGGAGAACAGCAUCGAGAAGAGCAUCGGAAAAAUGUUGAGCAUUUCCUUCGAUGUACUAGGCAAGAUGGGCUUCUCAUGGUAUGCAGGGCGAUUUCUCUGCGCCUGUGAGCCGUACCUCCAAAGGGACCACUUGGAGGGGAUGGAGCCGACGGAAUUGGUCACCGUGACCCAUGGGCUCGCGAAGCUCAACUUGCAUCGUGCACAUUGCAGGGCUUGGCGGCUAGGAGUUCAAGAGGAGAUCGCGCCCGUGUUGCGCAAGAAGCUGCGUGACGUUUUGUAUGUUCCUGCGCAACACAAGUUCUUGGGACACUUGGGCAACGAUCUGAGCAAGAUUUUUGCUGCAGAAAAAAAGAUGGAAAGGUUUCACUGGCCGCUCCUGGAGACAUGCAUGGAUUGCACAGAGCGCCUGGAAGAGUUGAGCCGGCUCAGCCGGCGGCGUCUCAUCACAGACAGGAUCAUGGGGCAGCAGGGCCUCGCCGAUGCCGCCAAGGCUGUGAACCUCUUCGUCUUCAGGCCCACUGAAUUCGAGGCUGUGCCGACGACUCCUUCUUUGUCCGAGGAGUGGCUGAUCGCUUUGCCAAACCGCGACAACAUAGAGGACAAUCUGGAGAACUGGAAGAAUGCUCUCACCUCCGCAGUAAGACUGUUCUUUGAGGUGGUGGGGCGUCGAAAUCUCAGCGAAGAAGACGUGAGCAACAUGCAUCGAAUGCGGCGCUGGUUGGAAAAGAUGGGCAUCAAAGCGAUGCCCGAUCUCGACAUGAAGACGGUCACAGUCUUGCUGAAGUCAAGCCUGCAAGUGUGGAGGAAAUACUCCCUGCGUCCUGAUGAAAGGUUCGUCCAGUCGGCAGAACGAGAACAGAGGGCCGCGACUGGCUCCCGAGAGGAAUGGAACAACUUUCACAGAGAGCUCACGAAGUACCACGAGUACCUACGAGUUGCAGGCCCAUGA